AUGAUCAUCGGGUUGCGGAGAGUUGACCGGUCAGUUUUCUAUCUUCGUUCAUGCUACACCAUUAGACAUACUUCAGUAUCAAAAGCUCCUAAAACUGUGGUUAAAAAGAGUGAACUUGAGGUUUGGGAGGGAAUAAGUGUCAAGGAAUUGUCAUCUGCCACCAAAAUACCCACCGAUAUAAUCCUUGAAACCCUCAACUCAUCACUGGUUACGAAGAGGAAGGCAAAUAUUAGUUCAAUACUGGAAGAUAAACGCAUUAUUGAAACACUAGUAAGACUCAUGGGAUUCACACCAGCUUUUAGGCAUCAGAUUGUCGAUGAAGAGGUUGACCGUGAUAUAUAUCCGAAACUACCAUGUCCUCCAGAAAAUUGCGAACCUCGUCCUCCCAUUGUUGCCGUCUUGGGUCAUGUAAAUCACGGAAAAACAACAUUGUUAGACACAUUACGCUCCACUAGAGUUGUAGAUGAAGAGUUCGGAGGCAUUACUCAACAUCUGGGUGCAUUCACCGUAUCGUUAUCGUCUAUUGAACAAAAUGCUGGAUGUAAACUUUCGAGCUCUGUGUCAUUUUCCAGUAGCAUCACAUUUUUGGAUACACCGGGUCAUGCAGCAUUUUCUGGUAUCCGUUUACGAAGUGCAAAAGUGACUGACAUCAUGCUUUUGGUAGUCGCUGCUGAUGAUGGAGUUAAACCUCAAACUGUUGAGGCAAUUCGUUUUGCUAAAGAAACAGACACUCCUAUUGUUGUUGCAAUCAAUAAAAUUGACAAGCAUGAAGCUAACUUGGAUAAUGUGGUUCGAGGUUUAGCUACAUAUGAAGUAAUAACGGAACAGUUAGGCGGCGACGUACAAGCAGUUCCGAUAUCAGCAUUGAACCGAAUUAAUCUUUCUGGCUUAUUGGAAGCUAUUGUUCUUCAGGCUGAAAUAAUGCAGUUAAAGGCCGAUCGUACUGGAUUGGCUGAAGGUGUUAUCUUAGAAUCUGAAACACUACAUGGAAUUGGCAAAGUUGCUACAUGUUUGGUUACUCAAGGGACAUUGCGUAAGUCGCCAAAAAGUGGUCCACUUAUAGCUGGUGAAGUAAUCUGCACCCCAAGAAUGUUGAUGAAUGAUACAUGGGAGCCUGUGGACUCAGUUUAUCCUGGAUUUGUAGCACGAAUAGCAGGUUGGAAAGAUAUGCCGUCUGCAGGGAAUCUAAUGCUGGAAUUGCGGUCCAAAUCGCAUGCCAGUGAAAUUCAACAAUAUCGUCGACAUAUUAAAAUGCAAAACAAAGCCAAAGAGGAUCGAGAUGCGUAUGAUCUUCGAAUGAGUUCUUAUCGAGAGUUUCGCAAAGAAUACACACAAAAACGUUUAAGCCUCCAUCGUAGUGAAAGGAGCCGCUUUUCGAAACAAAAUCGAAAUGCGUCUUGUUUCUGGGAGGAAAGUCAUGAUCGAAUUUCAUUACCUCUACUAAUUAAAAGUGAUGUUCAGGGGGCCUUAGAAGCCAUAAAAACACUCCUUUCUACAUGUCCUGACCAGUGUCAAAUAGAAUAUUGUCUUACUGGUAUUGGUCCAUUGACGGAAUCAGAAGUAGAAGCUGCGGUUGGUGCUAAAGCAACUGUUUUACUAUUCAACGUUGAUGCUCUCCCUGAAGCAAUAAAUAAAGCCCAAAAGAAAAAUGUAGAAAUUAAAGAAUUCAAUAUCAUAUACCGACUGGCUGAAGAAGUUCGGGAACUAGUCAAUGAAAGGCUUCCAUUAAUAUCAACACAAAAGAUUAUUGGUGAAGCAGAAAUUUUACAGCUAUUCACCGUUAAAGUGCCGAAAAGUGUAGUGAAAGCUGGAUAUCUACCGGUUGCUGGAUGCAGAUGUAUCACGGGUACUAUUGUCACUAAUAUGACUAAAAUAAAUCCCAUUCUAAUGGAUCUAGGUAUUACCGAUGAAGCAGUUGCAUUAUCUUACCGUGUUGUUCGUCCGGGGCACGAUUCUUCCUCCCAAGUCGACAAACACAGAAAAAGUUCUGUAAAUGAUCCUAAUCACACAUAUGAAGAUGAUCAUUCUACUUCCAGUGAUAUUAUAGUCAAUCAAGCUGAAUGCUAUUCGUUGCGCCACGAAAAAACAGUUGUCGACAGUAUUAAGAAAGGUGUUGAUUGUGGUAUUGCUCUGGUUUCUUCUAAAUUGUCUGAAGCUGCUGAAAAGAAUCGGAAUCUGUCUGCGACAGAUUUUAUCUCCGAUUGGAAAGUGGGAGACACUAUACAGUGUUGUGUAAUCGUAAAACAGAAGCCUGUAGUUAAGUGGGAUUUUGACACUUAG